UGGAACCUAAAGCACAGGGGCCCAGAGAAACGGGACACUGGCACCCCAAUCCCACAACCAUCUUCACUUUUCACCAGAGGCAACGGGAAAUUUUGAGCAGGCAGGUACGAGGAGGAGCUGUGGUUCGGACCCGGCUUCAAAUGCUGGCCAACCACCACAUACUUGCUGGGAUAUCUGUUCCCUGUGAACCAGUGGGUACUAGCCUUCACCAUGAUAUUGCUGUGGCUUAGAGAGGACAGGCCCUUGCCAGGCCCAGUACCACCUGUGAAUGGGGGAUGCUUCCCUGGACCUGGGGUGCCUGGCUUCCACACUCUCCUGGGCUCUUUCUUGCCUCUGUUCCCAAAUAGGGAGGGAGGUCUUAACGAGUGUGAAUGUUAUAAGCCUACUACCAGAGGGCUGGCCAGGUUCCAGAAGUGACAAAUGUGUACUUGGCUAUGGUUGGAUCUUAUGAGACCCCUUGCUUGCUGGCAGACUGUUUUUGCAAAUACCAGCUCCCGUUACCAAUUAUGAGAAGGCGCUCACUUGGAGUGUGCACGGGUGUUGGGCUCUGGGCACACUCUCUCCAAGGUCUCAUGGGCAAAGAGAACUAAGGAACCAAGUCCCAAGACAACCACUGCUAUUUGCUCAACCCACAUAGCCUUGUGGAUGGGGAGAGGGCAAUUCUACAUGUGUUCCCCUUCAUGCAUCUGCAGUGUCUUAGCACAUGCCGUCAAGGGUUAAGAGUAUUUCUCAGUAUGCCAUUAGGAAGCAAGGCCUCGUUAUUUGGGGUGAAAUCAUUUUAGAGCAAAUCCUGUACAGUGGGUAAGCUGAAUUUUUUCAGCCACCAGAGUGUGGAAAUUUGAGGGAAACUGGGAUUUAACCUGGUGGUUACUCAAUUUCGUCAUUAGAAUGGUCUGUAAUCCACUAAAGUCCCUGAAACUAUCUGCAAGAAAAAUCCAUCUUUAUAUAUGAUGCAGUGGUUUCUAAAUUAUUUUUGGAUAGCAGAAAAAAAAAUUUUUUUCCAGAACCCCCAAACACACAAUAGAGAAUAGUCCUACUGUUCUGUUUGAAGCUGGGGAUGAGACCUCUGCUCAAAAGCCCCUGCCAUCCCAGUACCCUGGAAAUGACCCAGGACCAUGGCUACACCAGAUACGGUAGGAAGACAUGGGUCUGAGGGGAUGAUUUGUCCUCAAGCCCGGUUAGGCAAAGGUGCCCUUUCCGAGACUGCUGCCUGCCUGGCUGCUUGUGCUGCAUCACAUACUGCUUUAGAGCUUUGGUGGCAUGUGUCCUUAGCUUUCACUCCAAGGUGAGCAGGAAGCUGUGUGGUAGUGGGGAUCCUCCUGCAAGAUGUAGGAAUUCUGAAGCACUGAGUGGGAGGUGGUGCCAGACCGUGAUCAAGGGCAAGUCAAGGAGACCAGCUGGAAACUCGCCCUGUAUGUUCUCUCUAUUCGUACAGCAAAUACUGAGUGCUUACAGUGAGCCAGGCUCCAUGCUAGGUGUGAGGAUGCAGGGCUCUGAGGGUGUCACAUGAGCUGGUGAACAGAGGCAUCUGUCUGGCCUAUGGAAAGCAUCCAUCAAAUAGCUGUUUUUUCAUGUCCUUGUGGACAAGCCCAACAGAAAGGGAAUGAUGGUGUAUCUACCAAGAGAACUGGUAAUAAAGUGCUUCCUGGAAUUCAUUCAACAAAUAUGAAACAAGCAACCAGCCACCAUGAGGUAGGUCCAUGCCAGACACGUGACAGUUCUGUACCUAUUGUGUCGCCCACAGUACACUGCAGUACUGUGCCCGGCUCUGAGGACCACCCCUAGGAUGGACCAUACCAGCUGGAAUAUCUUCAGAAGGAAACCAGGAUCCAGAAGUGUUUUAGGGAAACAAGUAUGCUAAGCUCAGAGACAAAAGCUUAAGGUCUUCUUGAAAUUUUACCAAAACGCCACGCAGCACAGGGAGACCUGCUCCAGCCCAUGGCCAGCAGUAACUGCUAUUAUUCCCUGAGCACACUCUGUGCCUGUAUGGCACCAGUCACAGCACCAGUCACAGAGUUUUUGACAUCCCAUCUAAUCUGGGGACCUUAUGAACAUCUGUAAAAAAACAGUUCCCAUAUACUUUUCUGGAUCCAACACUUUCCCACUUUUGCCAGUCAAUGCUGAAAAGAAUCACUCUUGAAAGCAAAUUAGAGAAAGAUCUAGCAGAGAAAGUGUUCAUGGUGGCUCGAGGGCUUGUGCGAGAGGCUCGGGAGGACUUGGAAGUUCACCAGGCCAAGCUGAAGGAGGUGAGGGACCGCUUGGACCGCAUCUCCAGAGAGGAUAUCCAGUACCUAGAACUGGCUACGCUGGAGCACCGGCUGCUGCAAGAGGAGAAGAGGCUUCGUGCAACCUAUCUGCGUGCUGAAGACUCUGAGCGAGAGAAGUUCUCCCUCUUCUCUGCGGCUGUGCGGGAAAGUCACGAGAAGGAGCGCACUCGAGCUGAGAGGACCAAGAACUGGUCCCUCAUCGGGUCAGUUCUGGGGGCCUUGAUUGGUGUGGCUGGCUCCACCUAUGUGAACCGUGUGCGGCUACAGGAGCUGAAGGCCUUGCUCUUAGAGGCGCAGAAGGGGCCUGUGAGCCUCCAGGAGGCCAUCCGAGAACAGGCAUCCAGCUACUCCCUCCAGCAGAGGGACCUCCACGACCUCAUGGUGGACCUAAGGGGCCUGGUACAAGCUGGUUCCGGGCUGAGCUCUGGGACCCAGGCAGGUACUUCCCCCACCCGAGACAGAGACACAGAUGUCCUUUCAGCUGCCUUGAAAGAGCAGCUCAGCCAUUCCAGGCAGGUCCAUUCAUGUUUAGAGGGUUUACGAGAGCGGCUUGAUGGCUUGGAAAAGACUUUCAGCCAAACGGCUGAGGUGGUUCAGCUUGCGAAGGCUGCGGCACAUCCAGGCCUGCUGGGGCCAGCAGACAGGGCCCUGCCUGGCUCCUUGCUGGAGCAGGGGAGUGUGAUCUUGGCACUAUCAGACAUGAAGCAGAAGCUUGAAGCUCAGGUCAACAGGAACACCAUCUACAGCACACUGGUCACCUGUGUGACAUUUAUGGCCACUCUGCCUGUGCUCUACGUGCUGUUCAGGGCCAGCUAGCCCUGGGAGCCUCCUCCAGGGAGCUGAGGGGAUAGCUGUGGAUACAAAUUUAGCUAGAGAAUCCCAACAAUGAAGUGAGCCUUUGGGGUGCACACAACCUCAGCCUGAGGCUGAACACCAUCUGUGUGGCUCACCAGCAGGCAUACUUUGAUUUUGAGAAAAUGCUCAUUUAUGUUAAUUAUCAACACUUUGUACUAAUGUCCAAAUAAAAUGUCUUUCGGUUCAUGUUA